CAGGUAUGUAUGAGCAUACCAUCUUUUUCAGCUUGUUCAAACCUCCCUGAAUGAGCGCCAUAUGUGAUUUUUGGAUCUCUCACGCCACCUCCUGAGACAAUGUCACCUCUUCGGUCUUGGUUCAUCAUUCCCCGAGGUUCACACUUCUCGCUCGCCAAUAUCCCCUUCGGAAUCAUAUCCACAGAGUCUUCUAAAACGCCUCGAGUUGCUGUCGCCAUUGGGGAUCAUGCCUUGGACCUGGAGGUCUUCGCCGCGAAUAAUGGCUUCUCUGCGCUUUCCACCAUCCAACCCCACCAAGAUGUCUUCUCGCAGCCUUCGUUGAACGCGUUCGCUGUACUCGGCCGGCCUGUACAUUCCAUUGUUCGCAAGUACCUUCAAAGCGUCCUUGCCGAGGAUACUCCUUAUCCAGAUGUCCUCAAGACAAAUUCUACUCUCCGGAGACAAGCCUUGAUUCCCUUGAAAGAUGUCAAAACACACCUACCGUUCAAGAUCGGCGACUACACAGACUUCUACGCCGGCCUAAACCACGCCUAUAAUGUUGGCGUUCUAUUUAGAGGGCCAUCAAACGCACUUCAGCCCAACUACAAACACCUCCCCGUCGGCUACCACGGCCGAGCAUCAUCAGUGGUUGUCUCAGGGACACCAAUCCGGAGGCCCAACGGCCAGAUCCUCUCGAACCCCUUGGCUGAGAAGAAAGUCCCCACAUUAUCUGCUUGUCAGAAAUUAGACAUCGAGCUAGAACUAGGGGCGUUUGUCUGCAAGCCGAACAGCAUGGGCGAGCCGGUGCCAAUCAGUGAAGCAGAGGAGAGCUUGUUUGGAGUGGUGUUGAUGAAUGACUGGUCGGCGCGAGAUAUACAAGCUUGGGAAUAUGUGCCUCUGGGCCCUUUUAAUGCGAAGAACUUUGGCACCACAAUUAGUGCUUGGGUUGUUCUUGCUGAUGCUUUGGAGCCGUUCAAGACGAAGGGUUUGGAGAAUGAUUCAAAGGUUUUGCCAUAUCUUCAGGAGAGGGAUGAGAAUACUGUUUACGAUAUCCAGCUGCAGGUCAGCCUGAAAACAAAAACCGGCAAUUCCACCACGAUAACAAAGACCAGCUCUCGAAACCUUCUGUGGUCGUUCCCUCAAAUGCUUACUCACCACUCCAUCACUGGAUGUCCUUUUAACGUGGGCGAUCUACUGGGGUCUGGUACAAUAAGCGGCCUAGAACAAUCAGAAAGAGGGAGUCUGCUCGAACAGAAUGAGAAUGGAAAAACGUCUAUCAAAUUGUCUGGUAGUGAAGUGCGACAUUUCCUUGAAGAUGGCGAUGAAAUUACUAUCACGGGUGUCUGCGGCUCUGAUGAGGAAGCUCUCGUUGGUUUCGGUGAGUGCGUUGGUAGGAUUGAGCCAGCGCUGAAGUUGUAGGAUAUUUGCUCCACUUUGCAGUCGCGGGGGGUAACAGAGAUAUCGCGGAGUCAUCAUUGAACUCAGCCAUCACAGGAACGUAAGACGUUCAACCUUACGCUAUCAAAGGCAUCAUCAGUAUUGAAUGCCGCCUCUGGGGUUUACCACGCAGAACUUGGGGUUACAGUGUUUGAUUCAG